CUCCCUAACAAGGUCCGCAACCAAUUCAUUGCCGUCGUUGGCGAGUUCGUCGGAACCUUUCUCUUCCUCUUCUUCGCCUUCAGCGCUACCCAAGUCGCCAACGCUGCCACCAAUAAUUCAUCCACACAAAACAACGAUGAUGGUUCCAUCACUCAAGCCCCGAACACAUCUGCCCUCUUGUACAUUGCAUUGGCCUUUGGCUUCUCGCUUGCUGUUAACGCUUGGGUCUUCUUCCGCAUCACUGGCGGUCUCUUCAAUCCAGCUGUCACCCUCGCUCUCUGUCUCAUCGGUGCCUGCAAAUGGAUCCGUGGUCUGCUCGUCUUCAUUGGCCAGAUUCUCGGCGCUAUUGCAGCUGCUGGCAUUGUCUCAUGCCUUUUCCCUUCCGCCAUGAACGUCUCGACAACCCUCGGUGGUGGCACUUCGAUCGUCAGAGGACUGUUCAUCGAGAUGUUCCUGACUGCCAUGCUCGUCUUCACCAUUCUCAUGCUGGCUGCUGAAAAACACAAAGGAACCUUCCUUGCACCUGUCGGCAUUGGCUUGUCGCUUUUCAUCGCUGAACUUACUGGAGUCUACUUCACCGGUGGCAGUCUCAACCCAGCUCGCUCCUUCGGUCCCUGCGUUAUCCUGGCUACUUUCCCAGGCUACCACUGGAUAUAUUGGCUUGGUCCAUUCCUAGGCUCCGUGCUCGCUGUCGGCUUCUACAAGUUUAUCAAAGUUCUGGAAUACGAGACAGCAAACCCUGGACAGGACUUCAACGACAAAGAGGCCGAGGUUUUCCAGGUUGAUGAGGAUACAGCAGCUACCGCAGCAGACGUCGCAAGACCCAAU